GGGUCCUGAGUGAGGAUCCUUGCCCUGGAUCCUGAGGGAGGGAUCCUUGCCCUGGGUCUUGAGGGACUGAGGAAUCCUUGCCCAGGGUCCUGAGGGAGGGAGGGAGAGCACAGCGUCACAGGAGAAAGUUUUAACUCAUAGGAUCUCUUGUUCACGUUGACUCUUGUGUUGUUAAAAUGUUUCUCUCGUUGGCACAGAGUUUGUUGUGUGUAAAUAAUAAUUAUAAAUCCUAACUCGUGGAAUAUAUCGUGUGAGGUGUAAGGUCAGUGAGACGCGGGUCAGCCUCGACCCUGACGCAGACUCCUGGGAGUAAUGGCCAACUUUCACGGCAGCAUAUAUAAGUGAGUGACUCGUGGCCAGGCGCGUUUGUUUCUGUCGGGACGCGCCGAGCGGGAGACAGCACCGGUGUACAGAGUGUGAGUGGCGGCAGUCAAGCACACCAAGUGAGGUGCUUCAGGACACAGUGCGAGUGAGGGUCACCCCAGGAUAAGUGGAGGCCCUAAGUGGGAUCAUUCCCUCUCCACAGACGCACACACCCGCCACCAUGAUCAAGGUGGCGCUCAUCGCUGGCGUUAUUCUGGUGGCGUGCAUCAGCGCUCUGCCACAAUCUCACUCCAACACCCAAUACGCCCAAGAACGCUCCUACCCAGCAGCAGUCUACCCUCCACCACCUUCCCCACAUCGACCAGCCCCGAAAGGCAAGAGUAAGGACAAAGGUUUCUUCGGCUUGGAUUUAUUCAAAGGCUUUACGGAUUUCUUCAGCUUCGAUAAAGGAAAGGGAGGAAGAGAAGCGCCUUCAAAGGGCUAUGGACCUCCGCCAAUUCUUGUUUAUGGCCCUCCCCCUGUGUCCAAGGGUAAAGGCGGCUAUGGGCCACCUCUCCCUCCUUCUAAGGGUUAUGGGCCCCCAAAGGCAUCUUAUGGCCCUCCCCCAAAGGCAUCUUAUGGCCCUCCACCAAAGGCAUCUUACGGCCCUCCACCAAAGGCACCAAAGGCAUCUUAUGGCCCUCCCCCAAAGGCAUCUUAUGGCCCUCCUACAAGAGCAUCUUAUGGCCCUCCCCCAAAGGCAUCUUACGGUAGCCCCUCCCCAAGCCUCCUCAAGAGCAUCUUAUGGCCCUCCCACCAAAGAGCAUCUUAUGGCCCUCCCCAAAAAGGCACCAAAGCAUCUUGGCCCCUCCUCAAGGCAUCUUAUGGCCCUCCACCAAAAUCUUAUGGCCCUCCCCCAAAGGCACCAAAGGCAUCUUACGGCCCUCCACCAAAGGCACCGAAAGCAUCUUACGGCCCUCCACCAAAGGCAUCUUACGGCCCUCCACCAAAGGCAUCUUAUGGCCCUCCACCAAAGACAUCUUACAGUCCUCCUACAAAGCCUAAUUAUGGCGCACCUCCUCCUGCACUAACUUACGGUGUUCCUAAAGUUCCUCCCUCCGGCUACGGCGCCCCCAAGCCUGUCGAUAUAAUCAUCUCCCAACCUACUGGCAACUAUGGGGUGCCCCCUCCUCCUCCUCCUCCUCCUCUUCCUCCUAAGGGCAAUUAUGGGGUACCACCACCACCUCCUCCUCAUGGCAACUACGGGGUACCACCACCACCACCUCCUCCUCCUCCUCAUGGCAACUAUGGGGUACCACCACCACCACCUCCUCCUCCUCCUCAUGGCAACUAUGGGGUACCACCUCCACCUCCUCCUCCCCCUCAUGACAACUACGAGGUACCUCCUCCUCCUUCACCUCAGGAUAACUAUGAGGUACCACCUCCUCCUCCCCCUCAUGGCAACUACGAGGUACCUUCUCCUCUUCCUCUGGCAUCAGUUGCCUCCGUCCUUGCUCCUACCAACCAAUACGCACCUCUCCCCAUUGUUCCAGCACCUCUCCCCAUUGUUCCAGCACCUCUCCCCAUUGCCCCAGCUCCUCUUCCUUCUAUUCCGGCUCCUGACCCUCUUCCUCCUGUUCUUCCUCCCGCCCCAGCUCCACUCCAACCCCUCGGCAGCCCUCUACCCACAAAACCGGACUGCGAGGCGUGCGACAAUGAGCCAUGGGUGCCCAUGCAGGUGGCAGGUCCAGUGGCACCAGCCCCUCAACCACCCCCAGUGACCAGUGUAGUUCCAGUCUCCGCCAAUCCCCCGGCUCCUGUUGUCACCUCCGCUCCCGGGCUGGACUUCGAUUUAAGAUUUGUGGACGUUGUGGGACAAACUAUAGAGGAGCCGUCACUCGACCUUCAGGAGGACCCGGGAACCUUGAAUGAGGAACCCUUCUACAUUGUUGACAGUGAACCGCUAGGUGCUGGUGUUCGUGACCCCAGGAUGAUGGAGGAGGAGGUGACACAAGACGUGGUGUAUGUACUGACUGAGGACGACCCACAGCCUGUUGUCAGUGAGGUACCACAGGUCGACACCCCCACCCUCUAUGAGAUCGAGACACUCGCCCCCAUCGGCCUACUGGAUAACAUCAACCUUCGGGUGUUUGACCAAGACGCGCCAGUGUUUGUCGAGACGGAGAAGGAAGAGCGAGUGACCACCUCGGCGGGCGAUCUCUUGGAAGACAUAUUGGUGAUCGGCACCACAGGACCCGAGGUUGAGGAAGUCAUACACACCUUACCUGCAGAUGUUCCUGAGCUUGUGCUUAACACAUUGGUUAAUGACCUUGUUGAGCCGACUGUCCAGGCUGUCUUGGAGUCUGAAGUACCAGUGGCGGAAGAAGAGUUCCAGCUUGCUGACAUAGACCUGAGACAGUCGGACGCUGUACAAGAAGUGGUCACAAAUGUUGUCCCUCAGGUGAACGUGAUCGAUGGAGGCGUCGGACUCAUUAGUCUUGGUGACCCAGAGUUUACUGAUCUGUCAAUUGGGGAGCCGCAGGAGGGCACAGUCCUGGACAUCUCUCAGCCUGAUGUGUUGUCAGUCUCACAGCCCGACCUCGGAGUGGCGGUAGAUCAGAGCCAACUGACGGUGAAUCAGCCUGACGCUACUGGUGACGCCAUCCUCGACGCUCCAUACAACGCCGUUUCCCAGACCUCCCAAUUCCUUUCCCAGGUCGAUACCAGCUCUCAGGUAGAGGGCGCAGGUGGUCUGCAGGUGGUAGCGGCGCCCUCAUUGUCCCCGCGAGUCGUUGAUGGUGAGCUGAAGGUGGUGGAUGUAGGUUCUCCUCAGUUCGUGGAGUCGAGUCAGGGCACAAUUGGUGGCAGUUCGCUGGUGUCAGUGAGUGAGGCACAGCUGAUUUCCGUGUCACAGCCCGAGAGUUUGUCUGUCUCGCAGCCUGUGUUUGUGGCUGUUAAUCCUCCACAAUCACUAGGAGGCUCCUCACAGUCCCAGGAGGGCCCCCAGUACACUCGCUUCACUUCAGGCAGCCAGGACACACGUUAUACUGACGGUGGUUCAUCUGUGUCCCAGGGUGUGUCUUUAUUCCAGACAUCCUCUCAGGGCCAGCCGGGUCAGUCUCAAGUAGUGUCACUGAGUAGCCCUGAGGUACAGAGUGUAGGAGACCCACAGACUGUGUUAGUGUCGCAGCCACAACUUGUUGCCGGACAAUUGCCUCAAGGAAUAGUGGAAGCUGAUGUCAACAUUUACCCUGGAGUGUCCCUGUUCCAGACUUCCUCCCAGGGACAGUCACCUGGAGGCGCCUCACAGUCCCAGCAACAACUCCAGUUCACUGGGUUCCCUUCAGGCAGCCAGGACACACGUUAUACUGACGCUGGUUCAUCUGUGUCCCCGGGAGUGCCCAUAUUCCAGUCAUCCUCCCAGGGCCAGCCGGGUCAGUCUCAAGUAGUGAGUUUGAGUAAUCCUCAGGUACAGAGUGUAGGAGACCCACAGACUGUGUUAGUGUCUCAGCCACAAGUUGUCGCCGGAACUCCUCAGGUGAUAGGAGAGCCAGGUGCUUUUGAGGUUCACGGGGGAUCUAGUGGUCAAAAUAUAGAGUCGGUCUUCUUGAGGACUAAUCAGGAGUCAAGUGGUGAGUCUCAGUUUGUGUCGGUGCCAGGACCUGUCUUACCGACUAUAGAACAGUUGCAGCCUGUGGCCUUCUCCCAGCAUCAGUUCAACAGUUUCGAUCAAACACUAUUUGAGGGAUCUCAACAAUCGUCUCGGGGGUCGUCAAGUUCUCUCCAAAGCGAUGGUUCUAUCGUACAAGGGAACCUUGCACAGUCUUAUGUACCUUCUGAAGAACAAUCUCAGAGUAUUGGAGAUGCUCAGUUCAGUACCGACGGCUUUACACAACAGUUCUCUCAGGGAUCAUCGUCCGGCGGGUCAGUGGUUGAAGGUGACCUCGUCGGGUCUCAACUUUCUGAUCAGUAUUUCAACAAUUUUCCGUCACUACAAUUCUCACAACAGUCGUCUGGCUCUUUCCACGAUGACGGAUCUAUUGUGUCAGGGAUCCUAGACGCGUCCUACAUUCCUCCGAGGUCUGAAAUUACUCAGUUCAACAACGUCUCACCACAACAGUUCUCUCAGGGGUCCUCGUCCGGUGGGUCUGUGGUAUCAGGUGACCUCGUCGGGUCAGUCAUUGGUCAGAAUUAUGAUAGUUUCCAGUUCAACACUAACGAGGACUCACAACAAACGUUCCAGGGAUCCUCCUCGUCUGGCGGGUCUGUGGUACAAGGCAAUCUAGUCGGUCAAAACUUCGACAAUAUCCCGACACAGCAGUUUUCACAGCAAGCCUCGUCUAGCUUCUUUCAAAAUGAAGGUUCUGUAGAGGGGGAUAACGUCGUUGGGUCACGUAGUCCGGUUCAGAAUUUCCAACGUUUCGAGUACAUCAGUAAUGAUGGCUCUGAGCAGACCUCUCCGGGGUUGUCGUCCAACUUGUUCCAGGACGGCGGUGCUUCUGUUGUGCCUGGAACACUUGAUGGGUCGCUGCAGGAACCACCGAGAUUUGAAGACUUUGUAUCUAACAACCCUCAGCAGUUUUCUCAGGGAUCUUCACCUGGGUCGUUCCACAGCGGCGGGUCUGGGGUCUUUAUCCAAGGGGAGCCACACCUGGUGGGUGAGGUUCAGGUGGACCAGACAGGGUUUGGGUCGCUCCCUUCCUUCUCCGUUGCACAGCCUGAAUUAUUGGAAUCUACCUUCUCUUCGGCCGCGAGCCAGGACACCCCAGGCAUCCCUCUGGCCUCAGCCUCGCCACAGGUGAAGACUGCAGACAUGGGCUCCCUACCACUCGCAGAUUCCUCCCUAAUUUCCUCUUCCUCUCCCUCAUUCCCUCCUUUCCCUGGAAACUCUGACACCAUCAAUGCACCGCUCAACACUGUAGACCAGUUCGUGUUCCCCGCCCCAGCACCACAACCCAACCCUCUAACCUUCAAUGUGGACGUGACGAGCCAAGUACAGGACCAACAGGUGUACAUCACUCCUCACUCUGACUCUCUACGUGACGCUUCAAACCCUCGUAAUAUCAUUCAAGCUUCUGCCAAUACUGCUUCCAGCUUGGAUAGCUCCCAGGCCUUUAACUCAGUAGCCAGCCAGUCCUCUGUUAGUCAGUCGAAAAGUAUUACCAGCAGCCAGUUUGGGUCGUCGCGUCGUAACCCGCCAUCAGAGAACUCUCCUCUACAUAACUUCCGCCCCUUCGCUAAUGAUGAGUCGGGCUUCGAGUAUUCUGCUCCUGGACAAAGGGUUCAGAUUUCUUUCGGUCCUCGCUCACGGAAGAACAGACUCAGAUCCUUCAGCUUUGCCAAAGGCAACUCUGACAACAGUGCCUCUGACAACAGUGCCUCUGACAAGCCCCGGCCAGCACGAGGGACAGGCAGGGCCUUGCUGGGAGGUGGUCUUGGUAACUACCUCGACCCUAGAAAUAGGUCUCGGGCGCCAUUGUUCAACACCAAGUCUACGACAUCAGAUGAAACACCUUCAAGGUUCAGUAUCGCGAAUCCUGUAAAGUCUACUACCGAGGAGGCUGCCAUAACCACUGCCACGCCAUCGACUACCACCACGAACACAACCACCACUAUCACCAUCACCACUACUCCAUCGAUUGAGACCUCUACAACAAUCUUUGACUCAGGCACCACAGACACCACCACCACCACCAGCUCUCGAGAUCUACCACGCAGACGUUUCCGGCCUAUUCCACGUCGACGAAUUAUUUCGUCUUCGUCUUCUUCCUCCAAAGACGGCCGCCGGCACUCUGGGCUCUUUUCUGUCAGGCACCGUGGCACUCCCAGGCACCGCCCCAGCGUCUCCGUAAUACUUGACCAAGACAAAAAUAACGAGAAUGAUUUUAUAAAAGAAAAAGAUGAUGAAAAACACGAGUUGAGAGGUGAGGGGUUAAAGGAGGAGGUCGUCCCUCUCAUCCAGGAAGAGAAGGUAGAGAAGGGGCAGACCCCGCUGGAGGCCCACAAUAACACAGUCGGCAGUGUGGAUGGUAGAGGUUCGGGCAAGUCCAUCUCCGACGGCCAGCCUCAGAGGAACAACUUGGGCUUUGUGUUCCCCCAAAGACGUGACUCAAUCCUGCCCUUCGGCACUCGCCUUGCUCAUAGAAGACCCAAUUCCCCCCUUACUAACUCCUUCACUGGUAAUUAACUCCCUGCUUACUGCCACAGUGCUCACAUGACCUGUUGUGACCUGACUGCUUGCUUGUGUGACCCUCAGACACCAUUAUUGACCUGCACCAUUGACCUGAUUGUCUAAUUUAUAAGGUAAUAACCACGCUUACUCACCCUGCCGACCUUGUUACAGGUCCCCUCCCACUAACCUCUGGCCCUAACCUCCCCCCGACGCUGUCCCUGAUGACCCUCACUAACUCCCAGGACCUGACCACCUCUCCCACGACCCUCGCUGAGACUCCUUCACCAGUCGUCGUCUUCAGCACCCAGACUCCGGCGUUUAACACGCCCCCACCUCAGGCAUCAUUCAAAGCACCAAAUACUCUGAACUUUUUCAACGCGCCCACAACUACGCCCCCACCCGUCGUGUUCUUCAGCACACAACCUCCAGUAUUCAAUGUACCUUCAGCUGGGAACACUUUCAGAGCGCCCUCACCUCAGGUUCCUUCACAAGAAUCCACGUCGUUCAACCCCUCCCCACCUCUGUCUCCCUUUAACAUGAUCCCCGUUAUACUUCCUGUCAAUAUGGUCCCCGUCGUAGCUCCCCUCAACCUGCCCUUUGUGGUGGCUCCCGUCAACCCUCAGCCCACAAUAGAUCCCAACAACCCCCCCACCCCACCCAGCGAGUCUCUCAAGCCUCCUCUUAACUUCCCCUCCCACCAGUCCACAGUAGCACCCCGCCUUCAACGACUCUUCCCCAGUCGUCAGCUGGCCAACAGCUUCACCCUCCAACAGAACAGUCAAUCGUCGUCAUCACAGUCGUGGCGGGGACAGUCAAGUAGCACCAGCACGUCCCAACUCCCUGGUGGUGUGGGGGUCCUGCAGCAGCUACGUCAGGCACAAAGUAGCAACACACAAGAAAAGUCUACCUCCUCCUCCUCUUCGUUCUCAACUAACAGCCUCGCCCAGCCGCUGGAUAAUGAAACUCCCUUGACGACCCCGGGUCCCUCUAGGGACAGAGAGAGGCAGUUAUUGUCUCCAAGGCGUCGUCCGACACUUCGUCGCCCCUUGACGCCCAUCACGCGACCCAGAUCACAGGUUGUGCAGACGCCCGUGUCCGACGAGUACAUCAAGGCCUUCCCUGAAGUUGCGGCGCCUGAGGGCUUCCCCGGCGAGGACCCCGAGGAAGACACCAUAAAGGAAGCCAUCUUCGAGCUCCAGCGGCUCAACUAACAUGAGCCACACAGGGAUCCUCUCUCACUCUGUACAUAGCCCCUAUUUAUCCCCUUCACUAUACUAUAAGUUUGUUAAGUGGUGUGUUUACAAAGACUGCCAGUCCCGUGACUCACAACAAGUUUAGUCUUGUGGGAAUCCUUCGCUCAACAACACAACCUCUAUUUAUUAUUUUAGAACUCAUGUAUUUAUAGUCCUUGUUGGUUAUAUCAUACAUAAUGAAAACUAAAUCAAAAUAUUUCAGUACUGUUCAGACACCAUUUUGUUGGCGACACUGAGGCUGUCGAGAGACUGAUAGUAAUUCUUGUUCUAAGUCAGAAUCAUAGUAGAUUUAUUACUGUAUGAGCCGCUGUUUGAACGAUAAGUUUUGUGAUAGUCUCAACCUUGUGUGUCCCCAACCUUAAAUUACCAUAAUGCAUUUGGCUGCCUCUACUCUGCAACAUGGUGGAGAGGAGGCAGGCAGGCACACCUCACCUUUGUCUCAUGAACUAGAUGUUAACAGUUGUACUGCAGGCCAGUCCAACUUUACAGUUGUCUGUGUAAGACAUUUUUUGUAAAAAAAGUACAAAAUAUAUUUUG